CCCACAGUAUCGUUACCCGCACACCCCAGCAAUAGCAAGCAAAAGCACCACCACCACCAUCUGCACAUCCCCGCGCGAAUCCGCAGCCUAUUCUCCAACGUCAGCUGCGGUAGCGUCAGCGGUGGCGGCAGCGGCGGCGGUAGUAGCCCGAAAAAACGCCGCUGCCUCUCGCACCCGACGGAAAAGCUCCCGCUGCGCAGGAACACCUCUGACGAAUCCUUUGGCUGCCGGGACGCGCUCGGGUUCCAGCGGCGCAUUGAGAUCACGGGGCGCGCGGGGCCGCGGCGUGGAGGUGAUGGUGAGGGCGACGGCGAAGGUGGAGGUGAAGGUGAAGGUGGAGGUGGAGGUAUGGUCGUAGGGAAGACGUGUUCCGCCUGCCAUGGCACCACGAAGGAUGUGCGGAAGCGCGAUGGGCGGUAUUAUUGUCAGGGCUGCAGGCCGAAACUUCUCAAGAUCGUGCGCGAUGCUCAGGGCGACGCCGUGUGCCGCCUCUGCGAGAAGGGUCCGGGACUCGGUAGGAAGCUGAAGUCUGGGCUGUGUAGGACUUGUCGGCAUUUGUUAUCGCCUACGAGGUCGAUUUCGACCCCGCGGGAACAGGAAUUUCGGGGUGCUCACGAUAGAAGGUGCUAUGUCUGCUUAGAACAGCCGAGAUUGAAUGAUAGCAGGGGACUUUGCUUGAACUGCCGGCCGAAGUGGGCAGACACGGAGUACAACCGGCCACCGGUAACCGGCAGCGACGCACGUAACCCCGGCAAGACAAGCAAGACACACAAGACCAGCAGGCCGUCUCCUGAAUUUUUUGAGUACAGCUCGUGGAGCGAUGAUGAUGACGACGGGGAGGAAGAGGAGGAGGAUAAUUACAGUCACCACAACAGAGACGCGAGGCUCUUGGGCAAAUGGUAUCGUGACCUCCUGCUGGAUAGGGACAAGGACUUUUGGGCCGAAGGGGUAGCGGCUGACGCGGAUGCUGGAGAACCGCUCAUUGCCGAGGUAGAGUGGAUUUGAGUCCACCAGUAGAUAGAUAUCCGCCCUGUCAUACAUGCCUACUAGUAGAGCUAGUAGAUAUCGUAGAGUACAUAAGUAGUACACGAGUAAUCCUCCAUGACCCUGUUUUGGUUUUCGCUUUUUCCGAUCUUGCAUUUUCCUCAUGUACUCCACCGUAACGGACGUUUCCACUCAUCCCUCCGCCGGCGAGGCCGCGCUGGAUGGAUGUCUGGUUCCUCGCUUCGGCUACAUGGAACCAUGACGGAACAGCCGACGUACGGUAUAGUAGAGUAGGGUAGUCCACGAGGCGUGCUUGAAGCUAGC